GUUGACAGGAAGGUAAAGGUAUCCAGUCACGUGUAGAUAAGAUAAGAUUAAUCGACCCAGGUUACCAUGUGACUGCGAUUCACGAACGACCCAUGGUCUUCGAAUCUCCAAGCUCCCUGAAAGACACACCUCAAACCCAAUAUAUCAGUUCCGAAACAAUAUAUAUAACGAUGCUAUCUCCUCGUUGAAACUCAAUCACACCAAAGGCAGUGUCUAUCGACAUACCUACAAGCACGACACCGCUUACUUCGAGCACAUCCCAAUCUUCACAUCCCCAAACCUACAGAAUGGACGGCAAAAUCCACUGUGACAUCUGCUUCCGCCCCGGCAGCCGCAAACUCCCCUUCCUCUGCGCCACCGACGCCCGAAACCAACUCUACGAGCCCCGCCUCCGCUACACUGAGGUCCUCCUCCAAAACGACCGCCUGAGCCAGGAAAUCGCAGCCCUCACCACUGAAGACCCCACCUCCUCCACCCCCUCCCACGAGGAAGAACACACCUAUAUCCCCCCCUCCACCGAACCCUCCUCACCCACCGACGACCGCACUCCCGAACAACUUGCCCUCGCUCUCUCCCUUACCCUCUCCGAGCGCGACGCCUCCGCAGCACGCACAGCCGAAAUAAUCCUCAAAGCCGACACCCUCCGGCUCUCUCUCACCCACGCUCGCGCAUCCAUCGCCGCCCGCAAAGCCGCCCUAGCAGCUCGCCAGCGCGCCCUCGAAAAAGCGCGGAACGGCCUCGCAGCCCGCCAACAACGGGCGCUUGAUGACCUCGCCAAGGCGUCGAAGAUGAGCACAUAUCGCUGGAACCAGGCGCAUGCCUUGACGGUGCAGGCAAGGGCGUUUUUGUGUUACCAGGCUGCGGAGCUUUAUGGGCUGCAGAGGGUGAGAGUUAGGGGUGGUGCGGGGGGGGACGAGUAUACGAUUGGCGGGGUGAGGAUUGUGGAUCUGAGAUAUAUGAAUAAUGCGUCGGCGACGCUGAUUAGCACGAGUCUGGGCCAUGUGGCGAAUCUCCUCGUGCUGGCGAGUCGAUACCUCUCUGUCCGGUUACCGGCGGAGAUCACGCUGCCGCAUACGGAUUAUCCACUCCCUACCAUAUUUUCGGUGGCCUCCUCUUACUCCGACGUGCCGGUUCCUUAUCCGGGGGCCCCAGCUUUAACGCCCUCACUGAGCGCGAGCCGUCUAUUAACAGCGCAUGGACGCUCGCGCACUCCGCCGCCGCUGGAUAGGAAUAUGCCACGCCCGCGACCGCUGUUCGUCAAGACCCCCCUGCCGAGGCUGGCGAAGGAGGAUCAGGGGGCUUAUACGACGUUUAUGGAAGCCACAGCACUAUUGGCUUAUGACGUAGCGUGGCUGUGUAAAUCGCAGGGCAUAGAACCCGGCUCCGGGGCAGUGAGCAAGGAAAAAGGCGUCCCCUUCGAAGACAUGACAGCUCUAGGGAAAAACCUCUACAACCUCCUUAUUGGAGGCAGGGCGCCGCCGGCGGCGCCCUCGGCGGCGGGGGUGCCGACCGUGGCGAGCGGGGAUAGUGGGAGUGAGGGGCUUGGGUUCGGGAGGUAUAGUCAUGGGGCGCGGCAUUCGAAUUUGGUGGGGAAGGGGGGAGAGGAGCUGGUGAGGGGGUUUAGGUUGUUGGGGCCGGUGAAGAUGGCGGAUAGGUUGAGGAGGGAUUUGUUGGCGGAGGUUGUGGGGGCGGGGUGGGAGAUGGUGGAGGGGGAGGUGGAGGAGGAGGAGUGGCAAGCGGAUAAGAGGGGAAAGGGGGAUAGGGGGGGCAAUGAGGGGGAGGAGAGCGCGGGGGGGAGUGGGAGUAAGGCUGAUGGCUCCUCUAGAGAUGGUGAGGGCGAAAGGGAGGGAGAAGCUCGUGGUCCGGGCCUUUUGGGGGAGAGCUUCGCCAGCCUCGAGCGCUCACCCGAAGCAUCUACACGCAGCGAUGCGAAGCGUGGCUCUAACGGGUGGAUGAAGCUUAAACCGCGGCCAUCGACCUAGAAACGACAACUUAGAAAGGGGUGCUAUCGUUGUCCGUCAAGGCAAGCGCGCAUAGGUCUCUACUGAAUAUACCAUACAUCAUCCGUUUAUACAUACCACUUGUACCACCUCUUCCUCUACUUCUCUUAUUACAUCCCCUCUACCCCAAUCAAUCCCCGGCUUUUUUUAUCCCCAGCCCUACGGAACCUUACACCUCCCCCCCGCGCAGCCCGCGCAGCUGCAUCUAGAUGAGCUGUUGAUUGUCGUGAGAUUGAGAGGGUGCGGUGAGGAAGUGAGGUGUAGUGGGAUAGGUAGGGGCAGGUACGGGAUGGAGGUGCGGGAGGGAGGUGCAGUAUGCAGCUGCGUCUGGGAGUGUGUUACAGUGGUGGCGGUUUGAGGGUUCUGGACACGUCGGUGGAGAAACCGGUGAGUGAGUCGCAGAGGGGAGGGGAGAUAUUGUUACCCGGCGAGAUACUGCCCUGAUGGAGAGCUCCGACUAUGGCCACCUCGCACUCCUCUCACCUACCACCGAUCGGCAGG